ACCUGUGGUCCAAGGGGUGAUUUAAAUUGCCUGGGCUUGCUGCGUUCGACCAGCAUUUUAUGUGUGUUGUUGUCCGUCCAUUAAAAGUUGCUUUACUGUCGCUGCCCAAUGGAUGGGGGUUAUGACCACACCAUGCCUGGUAUGGACAGCACCAUUUUCUGCAGCGAGAAGUAUGGUGGAGGUGGGGCCCGCCACUAUAUCCGCGACCUGGAAGGGAGGUUGCUGAGAAAGCAGGAGAAAGCGGGCCAAGUGGCCAACUCCUUGGCAAGAGGGAUCUCGUCUGUCUUCCUUCCACAAGGAUACCCAGAGAGUGUCAGCGCUGAUUACUUGUCUUACCAGGUCUGGGACACCUUACAGGCAUUCGCCAGCACUCUCACAGGGACCCUGGCCACACAGGCGGUGUUGAGGGGUGUGGGUGUCGGGGACAGCUCUGCCACGGUUGCUGCUGCUUCCCUCACCUGGAUGCUGAAAGACGGCACCGGAAUGAUCGGCCGGAUCCUCUUUGCUUGGUUGAAGGGGACACAACUGGACCAGGACGCCAAGCAGUGGAGGUUGUUUGCUGACCUCCUUAAUGACCUGGCCAUUUUCAUUGAGAUCCUCGCUCCAGCCUUCCCGACGAUUUUCACUCUCAUCAUCUGCAUAUCCUGCUUGUUGAAGUCGGUGGUGGGAGUGGCUGGAGGUGCGACCAGGGCUGCACUGACAGUUCACCAGGCCCGGAGAGACAACAUGGCUGAUGUGUCCGCCAAAGACGGCAGUCAGGAGACCCUGGUGAACCUGGCUGGACUUUCCACCGGCGCACUUCUGGCUCCACUCACUGCUGACAACCUUCUCCUGACCCACCUGCUCUUCGCCCUAUUCACUACCCUCCACCUGUUCGCCAACUACCGUGCCGUCCGGGCUGUGGUGAUGGAGACCUUGAACAAUGCUCGUCUCCGGCUGCUGCUUGACACUUUUCUGAGGGAGGGGGUUGUCCCUCUGCCUGCCUCCAUCAAUCCCCAGGAGCCCCUCCUACCAGCCUUCUGGCAUAGAGGGACUGUACGACUGGGAGCUCCACUACACACCAUCUGUCAGAGUGUUGCUGAAUAUCAACGGGCUAUAGAAAACAACAGAAAGAAUUAUUUACUGGGAAUACAUCGAGACACGGGUGAGGUGAGUGUAUGCUUGAGGGAGGGAGCUGGAAGUGUGGAUGUUAUCCAGGCUGCUAUCCACGCUGAGCUCCUUCUCCUGCUGCUUCACCGGGACCUGACGGGCUUCCGAGUGGAGCAUCAGAAAUUAGCGGAACUCCAAGCAGCGAUCCGCACUGCUCGGGAUGAUCGGCUGUGGGAUGUGGUCUCGGCUACCCACCUCCUGGUUGAGCAGCUGUUUCCGGAGCUGGUGUCAGGGGCCCGGAGCUCGGGCUGGCUGACAGAGCGGCACCAGCUGGGGCCCGACGAGUGGCGAGCUCGCUGGGGUCCUGGGGACAAGAAGGAGCAGUGACCAGAGCAGGCAGGGCAAGCGGAGGGCAGGGAAUCACACCCCCCCCCUGUGAUACCCAGCAUUUGCCUUUCCAGACACUACCCCAUCCCUGACUCUUCCACCCAUCCUUGGAACCCCCCCCCACCAUAUCCUUUCCCCAUCAUCUCCCCCUCUAUCUACUGAAUCUCCUACCACAGUUCACAAACACUCUGCCUCAUCACUGACUCUCUUUCCCCCCUGCUGCCAUCCCCCCCAGCACCUACCAGAUCCCCUCCAUGCGCAUUCACCCCAAUCACAAACUCUCCAGUCCACUGAAUCCCCUCCCACAGUCCAUGAACACUAUGUCCCAUCAUCAACUCCCUUCCCCUCCCACCCACUGAAUCUCAUCUCAGCAGUCCACGAAUACUCUUUCUCCCCCAUUGCCAACUGUCCCCCAACCUACUGAAUUCCCUCCCAUUCUCCGAAUACUCUUUUCUCCACCUCGCCAACUAUCCUCCUCCUCCCCAUCUACUGAAUCCCCUCCCAUUCUUCAGUCAUUGAAAUAUUUAUCUAACUCCACCCCCAGUCAGGCUCCAGCUCAGGGAGAGAAUUCUACAAAUUCAUCAUCCUUUAUGAGAACGUUCUGCACAUUCCAGUUUCAACAACUGACUCCUUUAUAAUCAGAAUUGGAUCUGUCAUCAUUGUCGUCUAUGAUGUGAAAUCUGUUGUUUUGAGGCAGCAGUAUUGUGCAAGGACAAAACGACUGUGAAUUAAUAAAUGAAUAAUGCAAAAUAAGUGUUCAAAGGGUUCUUGGACCAUUCAGAAAUCUGAUGGCAGAGGAAAAGAAACUGUUUCUGAAACCCCACCCUGAGGGUAGUAAUGAGAAGAGGGCAUGUCGCAGAUGGUGAGGGAUCUUAAUUAUGGAUGUCACCUUCUUGAGGCAUUGCCUCCCGAAGAUGUCCUCGAUAGUGGGGAGGGCUGCCUAUGACUCCAAUCCUCUGCAGUGUCUGCUGAUCCUGCAUAUUAAGGCCUCUUCAAAGGCCAGACAGAAGGCUCUGCAAUAUGUGUCUGCAGAAAUUUGCCACGGUCUCUGGUUACGUAUUGAAUCUCCUCGUACACCUAAAGAAGUAGAGCCGCUGGCGUGCCUUCUCCAUGAUUCCAUCAACAUGUUGGGUCCGGGAUUUUGUGCUGUUCCUCUCCGCACCCUGUGGGACAUUGGGCGGUAGCCUUGCCCUUUCUUUAGCAUUUAUCUGUUUUUUUUAUGAGGCCAAGUUGCUAGCUUGAUGGUCAAACCAGCACAAUGGAAAGCGUGCAAGGAGCCGGCCGGAUUAGAAACCAGGACCACUUGCCUCGAAGCUGCUCACCCUUCCUACUGCUGAUCCCUCGAUAAGGACUGGAGUGCGUUUUCCUGACUUCCUCUGCCAGAAGUCCACAAUCAAUUCCUUAGUCUUACUGCUGUUGACUGCAAAGAUUGUUGAGGCGACACCACUCAACCAGCUGACCUAUCUCACGCCCGUGUGCCUCCUCGUUCCAUCUGAAAUUCUGCCAGCAACAGCGGCAUCAUAACAAAUGUAUAGCGGUCGUUUGAGCAUUGGCCUAAGCACAUAUCCUUGAGAUGCGUCUGUGUUGAUUGUCAGCGUUAUUAUUGCUGAUCAUGAAAUUUGUUGUCUUGCAGCAGCAAUACAGUGCGAGAGAUGAAAUGUACUAAAAAUACGUAACAAAUACAGUACUGUGAAAAAGUGAAUAUAUAGAGACAAGCAGCCACUGAAAACCACCCCUCCAUCUUCUUGGAGCAGUUUCCCAAAUCGGGGCCAUCAUGUACAUCAAUUGUUAUGACGUUCCUGUUUCUCCCCCACCAAUUUCAGCUGGUUGAUAUCGUACCAGCCACUUUUAUCUGGAGAAGUCAGUACUUUGUACACCGAUGGACUUGCUUUGGCUAUAAUUUCACAGGCAAACCUUGGAAUCAAAAAUGAGUUGUGUUAGUGUAUUUUAACCAUCACUCUUUGUCCUAGGCUAUUCUAUGGGACUGACUUUUGAGUCCACGUAGGCUUUACUCUGUUGCUUCUUUCCUAUUUAAUGGGCUGCCACAUAACUGGCCUCUUUCUCCAACUCCAACUGUUGUACCCACUUUUCUGACACAUCUAACAGGUUCUGACAAAUCUAA